GCAGAGGUGUUUGGGCUCCUUGAUGGAGCGCUGACCUCCGAGGACGUCCGGAAGGCUUCGUCGAGCCCAACGACGACGCACACAGGUCGGUGAUCCACGUGUGUCCUACAUCAUCAUCAUCAUCAUCACACACCACUACUGCCACUACCACCUUCAUCAUCACCACCAUCGUCACCAUCACCAUCAUCAUCGUCAUAAUCAUCAUCAUCGCUGUUCUCAAUGUUUUCCGUGUGUUGUGGGUGAGUUGUGUGUGUUACGGGGGUGGAUCGCACCAGCCACGGGCGUCCCGUCCUCUCGUUGUGUGUGUCUCGCUCGCUCGUUCGUUCGUUUUCGUACCGGCUAGAUAGAUCACACACUCGAGAAAUCCCGUGGUCCCGCUGACUGGCACAACCGGCGUUCACCAGCCGUGAGAAUUAUCGACUGCGAGGUUUCGUCGGCGCCGCUCCCCCCUCCCGUUUCAUCCCCUUUCACUUUCACCCGUUUCUGCGCGCCGCCUCGACGCGAUAGAUCCCCGAUUUUCUUAUCGACGAACUGUCCCGUACCCGAGCGGGAAUUCUUCGCGGUUCGGAUCGCGAUCGGUGAGGACUGUUUCGCGGCAGCCGUGUGUCGCGGCACGGCCGAGGAGCGACGCGAUCAGGGUUGGUCGGUGUGUCGUCGCACGUGCAGCUCUCUCGCGGCGCGUCCCGGCCGCGCGCACGUGCGCGGAUUCGCGGAUUCGCGUGACACUCGGAAAACGAGGAACGCGGAGAGGAACUGUGCCGCGGGAUCCGUUCCGUAGGAUGGUCGCGAUCGGCGCGGCCAUCGAUCCUCCGCGCUGGGACAUUUGAGAGACACUACUGCGGGGGGGACGCGCGCGGGCUAGAAGUGGAAGAGAGAAAGAGGGACCCAGGCCCCGUUAAGCGCCCGUUGGUCGACUGGUCGCGGUGAAUGAGACGAGCAAAAACGAGGCGCGAGAGUGCUGAUCGUACGUGCGAUGCGUACCGUCGAGGAGACGGCCACGGAAGCAGCCGCGGCUGACGCCGCGACCACCCACCAGCGCGCUACCACCGGCAGGCAUCUGCUCGUCGAUCAGAAUCACGAGCUCGAUCACGAUCAGCGAGAUCGAUCGGCGACGAUCCAUCUGCCCGGUACACCGUACCACCAGGUCACCAUCGCGGCGGACACCAACAACAACCAUGACCAUCAUCGGAACCUCGAGCAUCACGCGGCGCAACGCCACGAUCAUUGGAACAAGUGGCAGCUACACUCGCCGAACGGCGAUAGCGAUAACAGCAACGGUAGCCAGCGUGCGGUGGCUGUUACAAGGAACGACGUAGACCAACAACCACAACCGCAUCGCCAGCGGCAGCAGCGGUCCCUGACUGCUACCGUUCCAGUUCUCGCCUGCACGAAUCACAGUUCUCCAACCACCACAACCACCGCCUUAACGGUAGCGUCAAGUAUGCUUCUUCUGCAGACACAGAGUCCUUUCGGAUGUGGUACUCUGGCGGACCUGUUAAGCGUGUCGUACACGGACCCAUCGGACGCGGGCAGCCUGCCGGAAGAGCUGGACCCGUUCCCGGAGCUGCAGCUCGGCAACCCUCAAGGAGUGCCCACAGCUGACGAAUCGGCGCAGCCUCAGGCAGCAGUGCACCAUCAGCAACCGCUUCAGCCACCUCAGACCGCGCCGCCGCUUCCAGAAGAUGUGCAAGCGGACUCGCUUAGCUCAACGCCCCUGCCGAGCUUCCAAGAGACUUACACGGCCCCGCGGUACACCAGACAAGAGCUCCAGGUCCUCGGCAUAAAGAUGGACGACGAGUGCUACGACAAUCCGGUGUACCCCUGCGCCACCGGACACUAUCCCACGGAAUUCUCGCCGACGAUCCCUUACCACGAUCAUCAACAGCAGCCCCAGCAGCCUGGCGCGGUGCACCAUCACCACCACCAUCAUCCCCAGCAGCCGCAGCCUCCCCAGCAGCAACACCACCAUCACCAUCAGGGCUACUUCGCCACCGAAACCGCCCCCACACCGACGACUGCUGUCCCGUCGCCGGCGAACCAUCGGCAGGACUCGCCGUACGGGGCUGCGGUCAGCGUGCCCAUGGUGUACGGUCCACCGCCUGCCAUCACCGGCGGCGCGACACCCGUAGCACCCACAGAACUCUGCCCCAACGUCGACAACGUCGUCGUCGGGACGUCCCGGUCACGGAGAGCGUCGCUUCCCACGCAGAGGCUAGAGUCCACGAGUAGCAGCAGCACGGAGUCGCCGAAGGCCCGGGUCGGCAGCGGCUCCGGAAGCUCCGUGAGCUCUCUGUCGCCCGGAAGCGGGACCAGCAACGAGAGGGCACCGCCGAGUCCAAGUCAAUUGUGCGCCGUCUGCGGAGACACCGCCGCCUGCCAGCACUACGGCGUGCGCACCUGCGAAGGGUGCAAGGGAUUCUUCAAGAGGACCGUGCAGAAGGGCUCCAAGUACGUCUGCCUGGCAGAGAAGGCCUGUCCCGUGGACAAACGCCGGCGGAACCGCUGCCAAUUCUGCCGCUAUCAGAAGUGCUUGAAGGUCGGCAUGGUCAAGGAGGUGGUCAGGACGGACUCGCUGAAGGGUCGAAGGGGCAGGUUACCCUCGAAGCCGAAGUCGCCGCAGGAGUCGCCGCCUAGCUCGCCGGUGCCCUUGAUCAAGGCUCUGCUGCGCGCACAUUCGGACACGAUGUCAGCCAGCUUAGACUAUUCGCAGUACCGGAUACUGAACGGCGACGAUCCGCCGAUGGACGACGCCGAGAAGACGCAACAGUUCUACAACCUGCUGACCUCGUCCAUCGACGUGAUCCGAAACUUCGCCGACAAGAUACCCGGCUUCACGAAUCUGCUGCGGGAGGACCAGGAGCUGCUGUUCCAAUCGGCCAGCCUCGAACUCUUCGUCCUACGACUGGCACACCGCACCGAACCGGAUCCUGCUCAGCUGACAUUCUGCAACGGCGUCGUCCUAGCGAUCGGCCAGUGCCAGCGCAUCUUCGACGACUGGCUGCACAGCAUCCUCGAGUUCUCGAAUGCCCUCCACGUGCUCGACGUGGACACCAGCGCUUUCGCCUGUCUCUGCGCGCUCACCCUCGUUACCGAAAGGUACGGCCUGAAGGAGCCUCUCCGCAUAGAGCAGCUCCAAAUGAAGAUCAUUUCGACCCUGCGGGACCACGUCACCUACAAUUCGGACGCGCAGAAGAAGCCGAACUACCUGCCGCGGCUAUUAAACAAGUUGCCCGAGCUGAGGAGCCUGUCGGUGCAGGGGCUUCAACAUAUCUUCUACCUGAAGCUGUUGGACCUGGUCCCGGCGCCGCCGCUGAUUCAGAAGUUGUUCAUCGGUAGUCUGCCGUUCUAAAUCGCCUUCUGAGCCUAGCCUAGGGCGGCUAUCAACGCGUAGAACAAUUCACACACACUCUCUCUCUCGAGGCUGGCCCGUGCGGUUACGUACACAGAAACAAGCACACACGUAAACACAAGCAAACAGACGAACAGCAGCAAGCAAAAACAGGCAAACAGGCAAACGAACAGACAAACAAACAAACAAGAAAACACACCGUUCAGUUUCCCUAGCUCUAUACGUACCACCGUAGCUUUUACUAUCUUCUCUGCGUGUGUCCUCGAACGGUUCUCGGCGAGGGUCGCCACCUUGGUUCGACCUUGUGCGAACCGGUGCACCCUCCGCGACAACGUUCCCAAGGUUUCGUACGCUUGCGACCGUGUGACCGGACGUUCGAAUGAGAAAAGAGGCUAACUCUGAGAUACGAGAGGGUCUCAAGAGGGCGAGAGCGCGUGACUCCACGGUGUGUCCAGAGGGCGAGCAGCCCCGGACUGUCGUUAACUACUAUUCUUAACUGCUAUCGUUACUUUAACACGACGUUAACAGCUGUUCUUGCUACCGGAAGUCCAAGCAAUUCAGGAUCGUGCUGAUUCACGGACCGUCCGGCCGGAGGACUACGAAGCCCGAGUCCUGGCCACCGGGGAUUCAGGGGGCGACGGCCAGGCGGCGAACAGCUCCGCCGUCGUUUCAGGACUCGGGGUCGCGACGGUCGAGGGCGCGGCGGGUCUUCGGGGUCGGCGCAUUCGUCUAUUUCUCGCAAGCGUGCACAAAAGGAAACGAUGAGGAAAAAAAUAUAUACACGAAUUUUUAUCACUUUUCUACCUACUUUGUAUACGUCGCCGCCGCCGCCAACGAACGCCCACGCCUCUCCCGUCGUUGGCGUCCUUCCGGCUGGACGGUCCGUCGCGUUGGCGAGCAUCGAUCCUCCUCUAUUCGAUGUGUAUAAACGUACUUAAACAAUGUCGUGGAGGAGUGGAAGCAAACGCAUUGACGACUCGCAACAUAUCAGAGCAACGACGGAAGAGCAGACGUAGACGUGUCGCUGCUGGACUACCCUAAGUUCCCCCCCCCCCCCUCCCCCUC